AAUCACCAAAGGUAUGACGAGUGAUGGCAGUGAUGCCGCGGCUGUGUUGUCGUUGAGAUCCCACCUCGCCGCUAUCGACUUGCUCGAGAAAGAUGGACUUGAGGAGGAACCGUCGCUUACAAGAGCCUAUGCCUCCAAGCCAACCGACUCAGGCAACGACGAUAGUUUUCAUCGUGAUAGUGGAAGCGAUGUCAGCCGUGUCGACACAAGAGAAAGCCUGCGGGCCACCGAAGUACUGGUCUUUCCUCCAUCCAAUGAAGCCACGCUGUUUUCGUCCAUGAUGGAGCAGCACCACACAGCGAUGGUGCAAACUACUCUGGCGCUCUUCGACGACCUGCAAACACGACUACGAAACGACCACGAUCGUCAGAUCAACAGCCAAGCGGCCGUCGCCGUAGAGCGAGAAGCCCACGCCCAAAACUCUUUAGCUGCGUUGCGCACAACGUUAGACGACAUGACAAACCGUGUAAAAGUGCAAAAGCUCAUGCUGCUUCGGCUGGCCACCCAUCACGCCACCAAAUCGCACUUGCAUGAUCGGCACUUUGGGAGUCCACAAAGCCUCCUUCGAAUCUUACACGCGUGGCACUUGUACAGCCGCCAGCGCAUGUUCAAAGAGCUUCGCCUCCGACAAGCCCAGACCCUUCACAGACAGCGAAUGCCGAGGAGGCCGUUCGAAGCAUGGAGACGGUACACGCAGUCAUUGCAACGAGCUCGGCAGGUAGAGCACAGUCGAGUCCAUCACGAGAUGGCCAUUGACACCCUCCAAGACCAGCAUGUUGCAGACCUGCAAGCGCUUCGGGAUGAGUUGGCGAGAGCCCACACAGAGAUCGAAGUGUAUCAGCUGGAGCAAGUGCGGUUGGUACGUCGGCUCGCUAGUUGCUUUGACAAGCCGAGUGGAGCAACACGGAGACGAACACGGCGGAUGGAUAUAUGGUUGGGGUAGCUGAUGUGUGCAUGCGGUAUGUAGGAAGAAGACGUGCGCCGAGUGUUUCUGCGUGGGGUGUCGGCCAUGAACUUGGAAGCGCUCAGUUUGUUUCGACAUAACCCGGUGCACCAACCCACCCCGCGCCAUGAGACAGGCGACGACGAGGGGACACUGUACAAGAGCAAUCCGUAGCCAUCCAUGGUUUAGUACGACACUGUGAAAUAUUCAAGGGUAGACUCGAUUGGGCUAAGUGGGGUAGAAGGUAGAAGGGCUCUAACCCAUGAAACCAACUUGCUAUGGAAUGGGAACGAACUAUCAGG